GAAAACAUGAUGAAGCGUGGAUGAUUCUGAAGUUAAUUCAUGACACAAACAUGAGAGCACGGGGCCAGUCUGAGAAGGUCUUCACGGUAAAUAGAAUCAAAACCCCAAAACAAAUAGAUGAGCUGAUCGAAAUUGAGAGUGACACAGGAACAUGGUACAGGAGGUGUUUUGUUCGGAUCCGCACAGAACUGUACGGAAUUUGGUUGACUUUUAGGAGAUGUUUCAACUACCCAGUCAGGGAAAACACAAUAAAGCUUGCAAUUGUUUGGUUCACCCUGUCCUUUGGGUACUAUGGAUUGUCUGUUUGGUUCCCUGAUGUCAUUAAACAUCUGCAGUCAGUUUCAUUGCCAAUGAAAGAUGUGCCGAGAGAGAAAUAUGCAAAUUUUAGUAUUAACUUUACGAUGCAAAAUCAGAUUCAUACCGGAAUGGAAUACGACAAUGGCAGAUUCAUAGGAGUCAAGUUCAAAUCCGUAACUUUCAAAGAUUCGGUUUUUAAGUCCUGCACCUUUGAGGAUGUGACUUCAGUGAACACCUACUUCAAGAACUGCACGUUUAUUGAUACUGUCUUUGACCACACAGAUUUUGAGCCAUAUAAAUUCAUUGACAGCAAAUUUCACAACUGCUCAUUUUUUCGCAACAAGACAGGAUGCCAGAUUACCUUUGAUGAUGACUAUAGUGCCUACUGGAUUUAUUUUGUCAACUUCCUGGGGACACUGGCGGUGUUGCCAGGGAACAUCGUGUCUGCUCUCCUGAUGGACAGAAUCGGGCGCUUAACGAUGCUAGGUGGCUCUAUGGUGCUUUCGGGGAUCAGCUGUUUCUUCCUCUGGUUCGGCACCAGUGAAUCCAUGAUGAUAGGCAUGCUGUGUCUGUACAAUGGAUUGACCAUCUCGGCCUGGAACUCUCUUGAUGUGGUCACAGUGGAAUUGUACCCCACAGACCGGAGGGCAACAGGCUUUGGCUUCUUGAAUGCGCUGUGCAAAGCAGCGACCGUCCUUGGAAACUUAAUCUUCGGCUCCCUGGUCAGCAUCACCAAAGCCAUCCCGAUCCUGCUGGCCUCCACCGUGCUCGUGUGCGGAGGACUGGUGGGGCUGCGCCUGCCCGACACACGAACCCAGGUCCUGAUGUAACGGGAACAAAGCCAUCCCUCCUGCGUUUCCUUCUCCUGCCCUGUGUCAACCCUCCUGACUGACUCAGGCUUCAGAUUUUUCAGAUAGAGAAAGGUGGUCAAAUAUCAGAAUGCUAACUUUUGCUGUGACUGAAAUUCAGAUGCAUGCCAUCUUGCCCCCUUAGUGUGAUUUUGCACAUUUUUUUCAUGUGUUAUUUUUCCUAAC